CGGCCCCGUCAGCCCCCCCCCCCGCCGUGCAGGCGCGGAGCCGGCGGCUCACGGCGGCGGAAGCCGGGGCGGCACACGGCGGCGGCGAGCGGGGUGGCGGGCAGCGCCAUGCGGGCUGCCGCCUGCCUCCUCUCCCUGGCGCUCUGCGCCCUGCCCGCUGCCCCAGGAGGCGCCGGGCCGGCAGCGGGGCGGCGGGGCGAGAGCCGCUUCGCGGAGCGAGAGAGCAUCAGGCCCCUGCGGUUGGUCUCCGGCGGCGGCGAGGGCGGCGGCGGGGCGCGGCGGCCGGCGCUGAGUACGCGAGUGCGGAGCGGCGCGGCGCGGACGCAGUCUACCCACAUUGCUCGAGCCAGCUUCCAGGUUGAUGCUUUCGGAUCAUCUUUCAUCCUAGAUGUGACGCUAAACCAUGACCUGCUGUCUUCUGAAUAUCUUGAGAGGCAUAUCGAGCAAGGUGGGAAGACAGUGGAAGUUAAAGGAGGAGAACAUUGCUAUUAUCAGGGAGAAAUUCGAGGAAAUCCUGUAUCAUUUGUUGCCUUGUCAACAUGCCAUGGAUUACAUGGGAUGUUCUAUGAUGGAAAUCAUACUUACCUUAUUGAGCCAGAUGAAAACUACACUUCAGAUGAUGACUUCCAUUUCCACUCUGUUUACAAAUCCAAGUUGAUAGAGUUCCCUUCGGAUGACCUGCCAUCUGAGUUCUGGCAAAUGAAUACUACAUCACAGAAGUUUGUUGUAAAGCCAAGACACAAAAGAAGUAAAAGGCAGGUUCGUCAGAUUCCACACAAAGUUGAAGAGGAAACAAAAUACAUUGAGUUAAUGAUUGUAAAUGAUCAUCUAAUGUGUAAAAAGCACCGCUUGUCAGUCGGCCAUACAAACAGCUAUGCUAAAUCGGUUGUGAACAUGGCAGAUUUAAUAUAUAAAGAACAACUUAACACCAGGAUAGUAUUGGUUGCCAUGGAAACCUGGGCUACUGAUAACAAGUUCACCAUAUCUGAAAACCCCUUGGUGACCCUACGUGAGUUUAUGAAAUAUAGGAGAGAUUUUAUCAGAGAGAAAAGUGACGCAGUUCACCUUUUUUCGGGGAGUCGAUUUCAGAGCAGUCGGAGUGGUGUAGCCCACACUGGUGGAAUCUGCUCCUUGCUUAAAGGCGGAGGUGUGAAUGAGUUUGGAAAGCCAGACUUAAUGGCAGUUACUCUGGCACAAACCUUGGCCCAAAACAUUGGCAUUUUCUCAGACAGAAGAAAACUUAUAAGUGGUGAGUGCAAGUGUGAGGACACAUGGUCUGGAUGCAUAAUGGGAGACACGGGGUAUUAUCUUCCAAGCAAGUUCUCCAAGUGUGAUAUCGAAGAGUAUCAUGAAUUUUUAAACAAUGGAGGUGGAGCCUGCCUUUUCAAUAAACCCACCAAACUUCUGGAUCCUCCAGAAUGUGGCAAUGGCUUUGUGGAAGAUGGAGAAGAGUGUGACUGUGGGACGAUAGCAGAGUGUGCCAAUGAAGGAGGAGAGUGCUGCAAUACUUGCACCCUGACGGCAGGCUCCCAGUGCAGCAACGGGCUUUGCUGUCGGAAGUGCCGGUUUGAACCUAAAGGAGUUUUGUGCCGAGAAGCAGUGAAUGAUUGUGAUAUUGCAGAGAACUGCACAGGAAAUUCCAGUCAGUGUUCUCCCAACAUUCAUAAAAUGGAUGGAUAUUCAUGUGAUAACAAGCAGGGUAUUUGUUUUGGAGGAAGAUGUAAAACCAGGGACCGGCAGUGUAAAUAUAUCUGGGGUGAAAAAGUGACAGCUGCUGACAGGUACUGCUAUGAGAAGCUGAAUAUUGAAGGAACCGAGAAAGGAAACUGUGGAAGAGACAAGGACUCUUGGAUACAGUGCAAUAAACAGGAUGUGCUUUGUGGAUACCUUCUGUGCUCCAAUAUAUCCAGUGUACCUAGACUUGGAGAACUUGAUGGUGAAAUCACAUCGUCAAUCUUGCAGUUUGGAAAAGUCUACAAUUGCAGUGGCGGCCAUGUGAAGCUCGAUGAGGAGACAGACCUGGGCUAUGUGGAGAAUGGGACGCCGUGUGGGCCGAACAUGGUCUGCCUUGAGCAUCGCUGCCUCCCCACCGAGGCCUUCAACUUCAGUACCUGCCCAGGCACCACAGACAGCCAGAUUUGUUCAGGACACGGUGUUUGUAGCAAUGAAAUAAAGUGUGUCUGUGACCGAUUCUGGGGAGGAGAUGACUGCAGUUCUCGCAUCAAAGAUGACAUAUUUUUUGAUAAAGAUGCCAUCAAUAAAGGUGUUGUUAGCACAAACAUAAUAAUAGGGGCUAUUGCUGGCACCAUUUUAGUGUUGGCUCUCGUUUUAGGAAUAACUGGUUGGGGUUACAAAAACUACAGAAGACAGAGGUCAAAUGGAUUAUCUCAUUCCUGGAGUGAAAGAAUCCCAGACACAAAACAUAUUUCAGACAUUUGUGAAAAUGGGAGGCCUAGGAGUAAUUCUUGGCAAGGUAAUAUAGGAGGAAACAGAAAGAAAGUCAGAGGCAAAAGAUUUAGGCCACGGUCUAAUUCAACUGACAGGGUAACCCAUGCAUCUGAGCCUGGGCUUUCUCUCGCCCACCAAAUCCCGGCCCAAGGCAUAAGCCCAGGGGGUUCUGACCACCCCCAAACAGGGAGUCGGGAUCACAGGAAGCCAGAUUGGGAGUGUUUCAUGGUUACCAAAAGACCCUUUCAAAUGAAAAAAAGCAAGUCAAAAGUACUGCAGUAUUUAAACCCAUGGUUCAAAAGAGAAUAUAAUGUAGCUAAGUGGGUAGAAGAUGUGAAUAAAAACACUGAAGGACCAUACUUUAGGACACUGUCUCCUGCAAAGUCUCCAUCUUCGUCCACUGGAUCUAUUGCUUCCAGCAGAAAAUACCCUUACCCGAUGCCACCUCUUCCUGAUGAGGAAAAAAAAGCCAACAGGCAAAGUGCCAGGCUAUGGGAGACGUCCAUUUAGCUGCACUGUUUUCCUGGGAUGACAUCAGAACUGUUUACUUCGAAUUUUAUAGAAACUCAGCAUCACUGAGUCGUUGCACAUUCAUCUGCUCUUCAGACAACUCAAAAGAUCAAGAGAUGCCCAUGAUCACAGUGAGAACCUCCUCUCAUCUGGAAGGGAAAAAAGCAGUCUUUUUUUUUUCUUUCUUUUGUGUUGACUAGUAUUUUAUGGAUUUGAUGAACAACCAAAAUCAUAACAAUUAACAGGGGAUAAUUAGCCCGGAUGUGACAAGGCUAUUCCGCAUGAUGACAGAUACACUUACCUAGAAUCCCAACGGCAGUCCGUUUGCCAGUCCCGCAUAAGAGAGGUUUUUCUCUGGUUUAAUGCAGUCCUGAGUCAGACCAGAGUGGAACUGGGACCAUGCCUCCUGGAGAGCCCAGCCGAUGUAAACUUGUAUGCUGUAUGCAUGAACCUUGUGUUCUUUACUUUCCACGUUUAAGGGAUAAACAACAUACUGUAGUAGAAAUUAGCAUGCAGGAGUAAGAAAUAUAGGAUUUUUUUGUGACAGGAUUUCAAGCUUUGAAAGGCAACUAUUUGACACAAAUGUCAAACAAACAAGGAUUAUAUCUUUUUUUUUUUUACCUUAUGUGUUUAUAAUCUCAAUAUACAGAUUGUAUAUAUGUAAACAUUUGAUAAUGUCAAAAAUAGCUGUUAUACAUAAAUGUAUUUUGCCAAAUGCCUAAAGAAACAGUCAUGACUAACAUCAUCACACUUCAAAUUUUCUAAUAUUGCGAGCAGACAACUUUGGAAAUACAGAAAGUACUGUACUGUAAAACCGUGUCUCUCAGAAACUGGUGUUUGACCAAAAUCUAUACUAUCUUUUCAGUAUCUUGUACUGUCCUGACAAUCUCAGUUGUAUGGUAGACCGCAGAAACCGGUACAGCAGCACUUUGUCUUAAAUCAUCGUAAGAGGAACCAGCCAAAAUCCGUUGUUCAGUGAGAUGACCGGUGUAUGCUCUCACAGGUGUAAUCAAGAAUGAUUAGGCAGACGAGAGAGACAAGAAUCUUUAAGUAACGUGCAGUCCAAACUUACUGGACGUGUGGGAAUACCUCUAAGUAGUCAAUUCAGGAUGUGGUGAUGUCAAGUCCUGGUGAGAGUUGCUGUGUAUUUUUGAUAGAGCAUUUCAGACACUGUUUUAGAUGGCAAAGUGUAGCUUAUGGAGAAGCCUAACGAUUUCACUGCACUAGCUAAUAACAGUGCUGGGCAAGUGGCCAGUUUCAUUGCUGUCUUUUAAUUUUUGUUUCUUACUGGAAUUGCCUUUACCAUGCGCUUGAAUGCUAUGUUCGCUAUCCCUGAAGCCCCCUUGACAAAUUUUUGGGGCAUUACCUUGAGUACAAGUGAGUUUAGCCUAAAAAAAC